CCGGCCGCCGAGGAUGCCGGCGGGCCCGCGAGCCGGCUGCGGGGCGGCGCUGCCGCUCUGGAUCGUCGGCAGCAUCCUCUGCAGAGCCUGGACCGCCCCGGCCGCGUCCCAAAAAUGUGAUGAACCACUUGUGUCUGGACUCCCCCAUGUAGCUUUCAGCAGCUCGUCUUCCAUGUCUGGGAGCUAUUCUCCUGGCUAUGCCAAGAUCAACAAGCGAGGGGGUGCUGGGGGAUGGUCUCCAUCCGACAGUGACCAUUAUCAAUGGCUUCAGGUUGACUUUGGCAAUCGGAAGCAGAUCAGCGCCAUUGCAACCCAAGGAAGAUACAGCAGCUCAGACUGGGUGACCCAGUACCGCAUGCUAUACAGUGACACUGGGAGAAAUUGGAAACCCUAUCAUCAGGAUGGGAACAUCUGGGCAUUUCCUGGAAACAUCAACUCUGACAGUGUGGUUCGGCAUGAUUUACAGCAUCCGGUUAUUGCCCGCUAUGUGCGCAUAGUACCUCUGGACUGGAAUGGAGAAGGCCGCAUUGGGCUCAGAAUUGAAGUCUAUGGCUGUUCUUAUUGGGCUGAUGUUAUCAACUUUGAUGGCCACGUCGUGUUACCAUAUAGAUUCAGAAACAAGAAGAUGAAAACACUGAAAGACGUCAUUGCCUUGAAAUUUAAAACCUCUGAAAGUGAAGGGGUGAUCUUGCAUGGGGAAGGACAGCAAGGGGAUUACAUCACCCUGGAACUGAAAAAAGCCAAGCUGGUCUUCAGCUUAAACCUAGGAAGCAACCAGCUGGGCCCCAUCUAUGGCCACACGUCCGUGAUGACUGGAAGUCUGCUAGAUGAUCACCACUGGCACUCUGUGGUCAUUGAGCGCCAGGGCCGGAGCAUUAACCUCACCCUGGACAGAGGUGUGCAGCACUUCCGCACCAAUGGAGAAUUCGACUACCUGGACCUGGACUACGAGAUAACCUUUGGAGGCAUACCUUUCUCUGGGAAGCCAAGUUCCAGCAGUAGAAAGAACUUCAAAGGCUGCAUGGAGAGCAUUAAUUACAAUGGCAUCAACAUAACUGAUCUUGCAAGAAGGAAGAAACUAGAGCCCUCAAAUGUGGGAAAUUUGAGUUUCUCAUGUGUGGAGCCCUACACCGUGCCUGUCUUUUUCAAUGCUACCAGUUACCUGGAGGUGCCAGGACGGCUUAACCAGGACCUGUUUUCGGUCAGUUUCCAGUUCAGGACUUGGAACCCAAACGGCCUCCUGCUUUUCAGUCAGUUUGCAGAGAAUUUGGGCAAUGUGGAGAUUUACCUCACUGAAAGCAAAGUCGGUGUUCACAUCAACAUCACUCAGACCAAGAUGAGCCAAAUAGAUAUUUCCUCAGGUUCUGGGCUGAACGAUGGACAGUGGCAUGAGGUUCGUUUCCUAGCUAAGGAAAAUUUUGCCGUUCUCACCAUUGAUGGAGAUGAGGCUUCAGCAGUUCGAACUAAUAGUCCUCUUCAAGUUAAAACUGGCGAGAAGUACUUUUUUGGAGGUUUUCUGAACCAGAUGAAUAACUCCAGUCACUCCGUCCUUCAGCCUUCAUUCCAAGGAUGCAUGCAGCUCAUCCAAGUGGACGACCAACUGGUGAAUUUAUACGAAGUGGCUCAGAGGAGGCCGGGGAGUUUUGCAAAUGUCAGCAUCGACAUGUGUGCCAUCAUUGACAGAUGUGUGCCCAAUCACUGUGAGCAUGGCGGGAAGUGCUCGCAAACGUGGCACAGCUUCCAGUGCACUUGUGAGGAGACGGGAUACAGUGGGGCCACCUGCCACAACUCGAUCUAUGAGCCUUCCUGUGAAGCCUACAAACACCUGGGCCAGACGUCAAAUUACUACUGGAUAGAUCCUGAUGGCAGUGGACCUCUGGGGCCUCUGAAAGUCUACUGCAACAUGACAGAGGACAAAGUGUGGACCAUAGUGUCUCACGAUUUGCAGAUGCAGACCACGGUGGUGGGCUACAGCCCAGAAAAGUACUCGGUGACACAGCUCGUUUACAGUGCCUCCAUGGACCAGAUCAGCGCCGUCACCAGCAGUGCCGAGCACUGCGAGCAGUACGUCUCCUAUUUCUGCAAGAUGUCGAGGUUGUUGAACACCCCAGAUGGAAGCCCUUACACCUGGUGGGUCGGCAAAGCCAACGAGAAGCACUACUACUGGGGUGGCUCCGGGCCCGGGAUUCAGAAGUGCGCCUGCGGCAUUGAGCGGAACUGCACAGAUCCCAAGUACUACUGUAACUGUGAUGCAGACUACAAGCAGUGGAGGAAGGAUGCUGGCUUCUUAUCCUACAAAGAUCACCUGCCAGUGAGCCAGGUGGUAGUUGGAGAUACUGACCGUCAAGGCUCAGAAGCCAAACUGAGUGUGGGCCCUCUGCGCUGCCAAGGAGACAGGAAUUAUUGGAAUGCCGCCUCCUUCCCAAACCCAUCAUCCUACCUGCACUUCUCUACUUUCCAAGGGGAGACGAGUGCCGACAUUUCUUUCUACUUCAAGACAUUAAUCCCCCGAGGAGUGUUUCUGGAAAACCUGGGCAACACAGAUUUCAUCAAACUCGAGCUGAAAUCUGCCACCGAAGUGUCCUUUUCAUUUGAUGUCGGAAAUGGGCCCGUGGAGAUUGUGGUGAGGUCGCCGUCCCCUCUCAAUGAUGACCAGUGGCACCGGGUCACGGCAGAGAGGAAUGUCAAGCAAGCCAGUUUACAGGUGGAUCGGCUGCCACAGCAGAUCCGCAAGGCACCCACGGAAGGUCACACCCGCCUGGAGCUCUACAGCCAGCUGUUUGUUGGUGGUGCUGGGGGCCAGCAGGGCUUCCUGGGCUGCAUCCGCUCCCUGCGGAUGAACGGGGUGACACUGGACCUGGAGGAAAGAGCCAAGGUCACAUCCGGCUUCAAGUCUGGGUGCUCGGGCCACUGCACCAGCUACGGCGCCAACUGUGAGAACGGCGGCAGGUGUCUAGAGAAGUACCACGGCUACUCCUGUGACUGCUCCCACACGGCCUACGACGGCACGUUUUGCAACAAGGAUGUUGGUGCGUUUUUUGAAGAGGGAAUGUGGCUACGGUAUAACUUCCAGGCACCGGUAGUCGGUGCCAAGGAACCGGGCAGCAGAGCAGAGAGCUCCCCUGAGCAGCAGAACGCCCCUCCCGACCUGGCCCAUGAGAGCAUCCGCUUCAGCUUCAGCACCACCAAGGCGCCCUGCAUUCUCCUCUACGUCAGUUCUUUCACCACAGACUUCUUGGCAGUUCUCAUCAAACCCGCUGGAAGCUUACAGAUUCGGUACAACCUGGGCGGUACCAGAGAACCGUACAACAUUGACGCAGACCACAGGAACAUGGCCAACGGACAACCCCACAGUGUCAACAUCACCCGGCACGAGAGGACCGUCAUUCUCAAGCUCGAUCAUUAUCCUUCGGUGAGUUACCAUCUGCCAAGUUCCUCGGACACACUCUUCAAUUCUCCCAAGUCGCUCUUUCUAGGAAAAGUUAUAGAAACAGGGAAGAUUGACCAAGAGAUUCACAAAUACAACACCCCGGGAUUCACUGGGUGCCUCUCCAGAGUGCAGUUCAACCAGAUUGCACCCCUCAAGGCGGCCUUGAGGCAGACAAACGCCUCAGCUCACGUUCACAUCCAGGGCGAACUGGUGGAGUCCAACUGCGGAGCCUCCCCGCUGACCCUGUCACCCAUGUCGUCCGCCACCGACCCCUGGCACUUAGAUCACUUGGAUUCAGCCAGUGCUGAUUUUCCAUAUAAUCCAGGACAAGGCCAAGCUAUAAGAAAUGGAGUCAACAGAAACUCGGCUAUCAUUGGAGGUGUCAUUGCUGUGGUGAUUUUCACCAUUCUCUGCACCUUGGUUUUCCUCAUCCGCUACAUGUUCCGCCACAAGGGCACCUACCACACCAACGAAGCAAAGGGAGCAGAGUCAGCAGAGAGCGCGGAUGCUGCCAUCAUGAACAACGACCCCAAUUUCACAGAGACCAUUGAUGAGAGCAAAAAGGAAUGGCUCAUCUGAGGGGUGGCUAUUUGGCUCUGGGAGAGGGAGGAGCUAGUCACUAGGGAGGAGGGAAAGAGACAGAAGCACCCUACUUCAUACUCUUGAGCACAUCCUUAAAAUAUCAGCACAAAUUGGGGGAGGCAAGCAACAGAAAAUUCUGGAGACUGAUCGCCACAAAAAUUACUUUUUAAUAUUUCUUUAUAGAUGAGUUUCCCCUUCUAUAUCAAUUCAAAAUAAUACAAAAAAUGCUUUUAGAGUUUAAGAAAUGGUUGCAAUUUGUAGGUAAUACCGUCUUAUUUUGUGUGUGUUUAGAGGUGUUCUAAAAACCCAUGGUAACAGGGCAAGUUUUCUACAUUUUUAAGAGCCCUUAGAAUGUGGAUAUUUUUUCUUGAGAAAAGCUGAUGCACAUGGCCUCCAGCAUUCUCUUCCUUUUGCGUAUAGUCGAUUUUUAAUGGGCUAUCGUAGUAACUAGUUCGUGUUCAUACAGUAUUUCUUUUGGUGUCCUGUAAAUUGGAAAAGGAAAGGAAGGGGCAAAGAGAACCUGUCAUUUGCCAGUUUUCAAAGAGACCUCAAUCUCUGCCAAUUCUGAGAGUUCUCCUGAAGCAGCUGAAGGAAGAGAGCAUAUGGCACCCGUUGUGUAACAACAUAACCAACAGAGAGAAGCAUUAAGAACCAAGGGAAGUGGUUUCAUACUGGGAUUGUUGGAUUUAUCUUUCCUCAAAUUCUACCAUCUAAUACUGUUCCUUGUGUGUAGUCUUAGACCUAGCCAUUAUCUGUGACUGUCAGCUAUAAUCGAGUGGUGAUCAGCUGUUACAAAAGAUUUCUCCUCUGCUUUACCUGCAACAUGUUCGGUUACAUUGUCUGUGUGUAGGCACCCCAGUGGGGAAUUAGAGCUAGACAUUAUGCCUUGUUUGCUCUGUUUCUUUUCUAGUUGUAGCAAGAGUAUGGGCACUUUCUAGUGAAUGCAUCAAUUAGGUUGCUCUUCUUAUUUUGCUUUAAAUCUCUAGUUUUAAGCCCCUGUGACAAAACCCUAGCAGACUAGGUCCUCUGAAUGGACAUACCACAAUAAAGCCAAGUAUGGUUACUAUCAUCAUUGCUUUCCUCUGAAUCAUAUGGAAAACACUGCCAUAUUUCACAUCAUCUACUCCAUAUACUGUUCUACCCUAAAUAGACACACUGCGACAAUUCAGAGAUUUCUUAGGUAGAUACAUUUGAACCUGAGGUUCAGCACAAACCUGAUACCUGAUUGUUGCUUCUCAGAGGACGGACAUGUGUUUGGUCGCACCUCAAUCCAAUCCGGAAUCUUGACCAACUUAUCCUAACAAAUAACUCCUUUUAUUUAAAAAUAAUUGACUUUGUAUGCAAACAUAUGGGACACAGCUCCUAUUGGAGCAUCCAAAAACUAAUUUCAUUUAUUUUUUUUAAUUACACAAAAGUUAUUUCUAGAAUGACCACCAUUUAUGAUCAUUACAGUUGAGGCUCUUAAUCAGUACUUCGAAGAUGUUUUUUUCAGACUUCAGCAUUUUGAGGAAUUAAAAAGGAUCCCUUUUUUCCUUCUCCUCCUGGAAGGGAGUUAGAUGAGGUUAAAAGGUAUUGUUGCUAUGUUUUGGAUAAUGUGCCUCAAUGAAAUGGAAGUUCUAGUGUGUUAGGUUUUUUUUUUUUUUUUUUCCAAGAUUCUCGGUAUGCCCAAGUUACUGAAGGAUCUCACCUUGUUGGGUGAUGAAAAAUGUUAUCUAGAGUUGCCAGUGGCACAUUGCACCAGUAUAGCACACAUUCCAGAGGAGACACUGAACCUGUGAAUUCCCAUUAGAGUCAAGGUAACAGAACAGAACAGAAGGGAAUCCUAAUGCCCUUUUACAGUUGCUGACCUCAGGCACUAUCAUGAAUACCCUUAACUUCAAAAGGUCUUGGUUAUUAUUCCAUGAUAUACAUUGUUAAAUGAAAAGUAUGUGGUAUGACUAAACAGAACAAUAGAACAUUACAAAUGACAUAUUCAAAACCAAGGCAAUUUAUUUAACCGAGAGGACUACCAUUAAGGGUUCUUUCACAUAUUGCCAAAUUACCAGAAGGAGUUUUUAAACAUUAUGUUUAGUAGGAACAUGUCAGAUUUUUCAAACCUGUUUUAUAGGUCUUACUUUUACAACUAACAAAUAAUGCCAGGUGGAAAUUUAUUAUUUCUUGCAUUUCCCGUGGUAGCUUGAUUUUUUUUUUUAUGCAUUGUCUCUGCACUUUCCCUUUCUUCCCAAAAUGAUUAAGGGGUUAAAACAAUCCAGAACAGCCCCUGACACUAAAACGUUCUCACCCGCUCUCUUCACUCUCUUCUUCCCAUUCUCCUGCCACAGAAGGUAAAAAGUAUAACUCAAAACAUCUCUCACUAAAUUUGCAAAUUCUAGGGCACUGGAAUGACCGCAGGGAUCAGUGAGUCUCCUGUGUCACUGUCAUUAAGACAUAGGAUAUGACACAGUCUCUGCCCUUCAAGGGGGCUACAGUCCAGCCAGUAGACAAGACACCAGAAGGUGGAUGAGGUAUUAAGUAACUUAGUUAAGUGCCAAGGGAGCGCUGGAAAUCUUCGGCUUCUCUUUGGAAUUAUAGUCUUCACCAAAAGUCCUAAAUGGAUCUAUGAAGGCAUCCAGCACAUUCUUAAUGGUAAGUAAUUUAUGUGAAGAUAAGGAAGCAUCUCUUUAUUUUUCCAGCUCCUUCCCUUGAAAAUUCAGGACACUGACCCAAGCUCAGUGUCUGAUCUUGCUUUGUCGAUCACAUCCCGCACAAUCUUGACCUCUUCUAGCCCAGUACAUUAUCAAUCAAGUACAAAGAGGCUGACGGUAGCCUCUUUAAAUAAUAAGAACAGACUAAGCAAAAACAAAAGGAAAAACUCUUAGAAGCAAGAGGCUGCUCUAACGUUCCAGGGAAAGCUAAUGGCUUGACUUAGGGUGGUUUGUGCUGGAAACAUCCUCUGUGGUUAAGGCAAGCAUCUGUGUUUUGAGAAGGUAGGAGCAGGACUUUGAAAGCAAGAUGGGUGCCAUUCUCAGCACUCAAAGUAACGGAUUCCCUAGAGCACAAGGAAGGUAGCUCAGGAGGUGAGAAGUUGUAUUGGCAAAUUCUUCUCUGACCCUUCAUAAUCCAGAAGGCUAUGUUUGCCCUUGUGACUUUCAACCAACUGCUCAAAAAGAGAGAAAGAGAGAGAGACUUGUUCUAUAGACGUUUUUAUUAAGAAGAAGGGUUUGGAGUGCCUCUAGUGGACAAUCUCCUGUUGCCCUGCAUUUGCUCAACAAGCAUCCUUCACCACCAGGAGCAGGGCCUCAGAGGCAUAGGAAAAAGAAUUGGCAUGAGCCAAAGAGUAGAUCUUAUAUUAUUGCUGAAUGUCCUUGGAGCAGCCCCCAGAUGCCACCAGAAAGCUGGGUACCCAGACAUAGCUGUAGGAAGCACCGAAAGACAAAGUAGCUGCCAGAUAUGAAAACGCGCUGUCAGCAUUUGUCCAGAAGAAACUUUUAUUUCCUUCUGUAACAGGAUCUGUUCUCUUCCCUCCUCCCACUUGCUCUUUUUCUCCCUCUCCUUUCUUGUGUAGUGUAAACACUAAUGGUCUCUCUGUGCCUCCAAACAAUUAGCACCUGAUUGAAACCCCUUAAUAUUGUUUCCUCUUCAUCAUCUUGUCAAGCAGUUUUCAAAAAGAGAGGCGGCAGUUACUAUUAAAUUGAAUUCCAGUUAACCGGCCAAAAAUAGGUCCUAAAUUACUAGUGGCAGUGGAACCAACCCCUGUUGAAACAGAGGGGAAACAAGCAGCGCGUCUAGCUGAUUUGGGCUAAAACCAAUGGGUGCCAUGUUUAAAGUGAUGUUGUGGUGAGAGUGGGCCCUGAGAAUCAGCGGAGAGAGUCCUAAUCCCUUCUCUCUCCCUGACUUGCUAUGUGAUCUUGGUCAAGCCGCUGAAUCUCGGUCCCUCUUUGCCCCAUGUUUAAAAUACAGCUCUUUUGCCUACUUAAUAGGACAACUGGGAGGUGCCAUUGGCUCUUGACUGCAGCACACUGUGACACCCACAUACAAAGGCCCAAGUCAACGGAGCCUACUGGAAGACUUACUUCCUGGCCUGUGGUUCUGUCACACCAUAGAAACAAUGUGGCCACAUCCAGGAGUGUGCAGGGUUAGGAGGCAUUGCUGUACAACUGCUAAAUUAUUAAUCAGCUGGACUGUCUGAGAGCUAACCUGUCAACCCUGGGAGAUGCACCAGCCAAAGGCCAGAGAAAUCAGAACUUCACCUGCACAAAGUCCUAAGUUCCCACCCAGAUGUGACUCAGGGCUCACACAUGGCCCCAGUACCACUGGGCUGGCUUAUACAUAAGACAACAUGAGAAACAAAUUUGAUUUUUUCACGUAGCCUAGCGGCACUGUGCCUACACUACACAUACCCUGCAUGAUAAUGUUGAUAACUUUAGAAUAGAUUUCUUUCACAGCGGUAUUUUCCGGAUACCAGUGGUAUGCAAAAUUCAUUGUCGAAGAAAUAGUGAAACCAUGCUAAAAAGUGGAUCAUCUCCCGUGGAGCAAAGACUGGCAGAAGGUGGGAAAGAUACCUGAGCAUGCAGGAAUUAAUAUCCAAUGCGCACAUACAAGUUCACUUUCCAGAUGGAAAUGUGCUUUAAGAGCAGGUCUACGCAGACGGUCUGCAACAUUUCCAAGUCUCAGUUUAUUUUAAACAGCAGCUGCUGGCUUCUGACAUGGCUAUGAAGACAUCCUCUUGAGUAGGCCAAGAAACCUUUCAGAUGCUACUGAUUCUUAAGUUCGGUUGGGUUUUUACAUUUUUUUCAGUGAGCAUGGUGACUGCGGAGGUCAGGGUUCUGAAAAGCUGGGCUAAGUAUUCUUUCUGUAAAGUCAAUUAGGAUUCCACCCUGUGAAAUGACACAAAAGUUCACUCUCUAAAAGCAACAGCAUGUAAAAUAGAAUGAAAGAAGGAAACUAUGUAUGUAUGCCUAAUAUUCUUUGUGAAUGUCUUUCAUUUAACUGAAAUUAUAUUAGAAACCAGAUUGAUAAAUAAAAAAUCCAAAAUAGUUUUAAUUAUCCUAAAAA